AUGGCCAACGUGCAAAAGACAACCAACGCUGGAUCCGCCGAGGAUUUGGUGGUGGGCUUUGAGCAUCUGGGCCGUGGCGAUGUCGCCUUGGUCGGCGGCAAGAAUUCGUCGCUGGGUGAGAUGAUCAGUGCGCUCAGUGCGGACGGAAUUGCCGUCCCCCCUGGUUUUGCCACGACUUCCCAUGCGUAUUGGCAGUAUGUCGACUGCAAUGACAUCCGGGACAAGAUGGCUGCAGUCGUCAAAGAGUGGCAGGCGAGCAAGCUCACUCUGGCCGAGGCGGGCCAGGCGGUGCGCAGCCUGUUCCUCCGCGGCACCUGGCCCGGCAGUGCAGCAGCCGCCAUCCGGACUGCUUAUCGCCAGCUUUCGGCCAAGGCGCGCGUCGAGACGCUGAGCGUCGCGGUCCGCUCCAGCGCGACGGCCGAGGACCUACCUGAUGCCAGCUUCGCCGGCCAGCAGGACACGUACUUGAACAUCUCGGGCGAGGACGCCCUCUUGGAUGCCUGUCGACGCUGCUACGCCUCCCUCUUUACGGACCGAGCCAUUAGCUACCGUCAGAUGCAGGGAUUCGAUCAGAUGAGUGUCGCCCUCUCGGUUGGCGUGCAGCAAAUGGUUCGGUCUGACUCGGGCGGCUCCGGCGUCAUGUUCUCCAUCGAUACGGAAAGCGGUUUCGACAGCGUGGUGCUUAUCGGUGGUGCCCGCAAUUGCGUCGUAAUUCACUUAGACCACGUGACCACUUAUCGCCCGCAAAACGCCGCCCGUGAAAUCGUGUGCAGGACGCCUGAUAAGAAGGUUGCCCGAUCGACCGAGAUGGCCGCGGACGACUCGUACACGGCAGCUGACGAGCGCGCCCGUGCCGCCCGGAGGGCGGGCAUCCAGGCGAAGAAGGACGAACAGCCGGCGAACACGACGCGGAGUUACGCGGCGAAGCAGCGGGAGUGGAAGGCCUGGUGCCAUACGCCUCGGGCUGCAGCAGACGGCUCGCUCUAUAGCUGGCCCGACGGCGAGCUCGUAACGCCGGACAAGCUGGCGGCGUGGCUCAAAGAGGAUAUCCUGUUACGACGCGUUGUGCCGCCGCAGAAGAAGAAGCCGCGCGCGCGGGAGCAGCUCGAGGCCGCGGCCAUGGCAGAGGCCGAAAGCCUGGCCGAAGCUUUGGAGGUCCCCCUGGCCGAGGCCGCCGAGCUGCUCGCUGACGACCGCGAGGGCUACGUGCCACCCACAGGCCUCGCGACGGCUGCAGUAGACCUUACCGAAGGGUCUUUGCUUACGAGGGGCACUAUCGACGCCUAUAUCGCGGCCGUUAUCGAGCUAUGGAGGCUCCAGGUGGCUCACGGCAACGCGAAUACGGAGAAUCCCGGGCGCCGCCACCGCGGAAGCGACGGGAUCCAGGCCGGCUACCUCCCCGAUGAAUGGCUUCGGAUCCAGGAUCUCCUUCUCACUGGCGCCGCGUAUACGCCGCAAAACCUCCGUACGCGAGUCGACCUCCUCUUCGGCCACUACUACCUCUUACGGGGGGAGAACCGGCGCAAGAUGGAGCUUGCAGACCUAUCCCUACUCGACUAUCCGCCUUCGGAGGCCCGACCCCUGUGGUUGCCUGGGCCUAGCACAGCUCUUCUUUGGCGCUGGCACGUCGCCGGCGAACCGCCCCGUCCUUCCGGCGCCGAGCUCUCGGUGGGCGCCCAGGACGCGGAGACCCAUGGCACGUCGCUCGCCCAGAUCUCGCAGGCCGGCCGCUGGAACCAGAGCGUGCUCUGCCAGGCAUAUCUUACGCACCUACCGCGGCAGUUCAUGCGUAUCGUCGCCGGCUUCUCGGCCUCCCGGGGACUACUUCCUCGCGCGUGCGGCUCACGAACCCCGUACGUCUUACAAAAGCAGCUGUGGCCGUGGAUCGAGGUGGGAACCCGCUUUGAGGCGCGGGCGCGCCGGCAAUGCUGGGCAGAAGGCGGUCUCGACGACGACGACCUAGCCGCUGACGGCUUCCUUAAGCUUAUGCGGCGCCUGCGUAUAGUACUUCUGCAGGACCUGGCCGUCCUACAGCUCCGCUACCCGUCGCUACCGUUCUUCGCCUACGCCCCUUUUGGCGGGCCCGAGUGGGACGAGUUCGCCGUCGCCGUGCGGUCCACCGCGGUAGGGGCUAUGGAGCCGGUAAGCCUGCUCGUACGACGCGCGCUGCCGGAACUAAGCGGCGUCAUAGAGAGCACGCGGGAGGCCCUGUUACAGAAUAGUCAGCGGCUCGCCAUCCGGCUUGAGGCCCGGCUGGACGGGAUUCAGGGCGGCCUCGAUGCCCUCCUCCAAGGCAAGGUCCCUAUCACCUUUACCGGCUACUUCGGAGCCGGGGCAGCAGAGGCGCCGGCCCCCGCCCCCGCCCCGUCAACAGUACCUACCUUGAAUCUCAAUACAGCUCCGGCCCCGGCCCCGGCCCCCGCCCCAGAGCCUCUGGUACCAGGCAUGCCUAUCGUCACAGCCCUGGCAAGGGUCUUUACGGUGGGGGACGUCUGGAAGGAAUGGGGUGAAGGGUUUGCAGGUCAGAAGGCCGUACGGGAGCUGGAAGAGACGUGGGAAGCCGCUGGCGCCGGGAACGGGGUCAGAGUGCAGUUCUGUCGCCGGAAGGUGAUCUGGGACGAGCUGUUGGCCCGUAUGGCGUCCGGCAAAUGCAAGGAGGCGGCCGUUGCAGAGCUAGAGCUGUUACGCGCCGGCCGAAGCUUGAACCGACUCGUCGACGAGCUCAAACAGCGCCGACGGCGGGGCCAGGAUCGGGGCCAGGGCCAGGGCCAGAUACGGGUCCAACUCGAGGUCAGGGCCGUCGGGGCGGAGGACCCGGCUGGGAAAGCGGACCGCCCUCGUCGACGUAAGCCAGCCGCCUCGUAG